UGAGAGGAUGCCUUUCCCUCGUGGAACAGGCAGCCAAACAUCAUCUUGGACGAGAGCGACACACUUUCCUGCAUCUGCGUUCACGCAACGGUAUGAAUAUGGCCCUGUAGCUGCACUGCUCCAACAAGAUGCAUUUCGGCACCCUCAUGUCUCUGGAAGUCUGCGUACCUAUUUAAAGGUCUCUGCAUGCAGUCGCCUCCCGGGAAAGGCCAGCAGGAGAACGCUCGACAGUCGACUUCUCUGUCGAGAAAUGGUGAUCUGUCUCGCAACGAACAAGAAGCAGGCACUCCAUCUCGAUCUUUUCCUUUCCAUCUCUUUCUUCUCCUUAGAGUCUCCCUCCUUUCUCCUCUGCAGUCUCUCUGUCCGUCGCGCUUGUCGCCGGGGAUUUAUCUGCACAGCAAAAGCAAAACCCGCUCCCUUUCCAGAGAGCACCUCUCUUCAAUGCGAAACUUCGUUCUGCCCAUGUCUGCGCGCAAAUCUGCAUCCGUGCGGUGUAUGUACACUGGAGAUGCAACGCAAUGUCCAUGUAGGGAAACCGCUCUUAUCCGGAAAGACGAUGGCGUCUGUUUCUGCUUCUCUUGUCCUGUGUACGAAUGCAAACUUGUUUACGCGUGAAGCUGUCUAUGCAGGCCGCUACGUUUUUCUACGUCUUCUCAUGUGCAGGUGA